CACCAAAGACCUCAACCAAAGUAAACAAGAUUGCGACAACUAAUCAAAAUCGAAUGGCAGAGGGUGAAUCCCCGUCGUCCGAUUCUCUAUCAGAUCCAUCCCUAUCCCGAAACGUUUCCUUCAGUCGCCUCAACGCCCAGGCGGCGGAGUUCGUCCCCAAUCGCAGCGCCACUGCGCACGCAUCCGUACCGGCAGUGCCUCCUGCGGCUGUAGGUCAAGUCCACGUCUAUCCUCCGCCGCCGCCGCCUUCGGCCCCCUUCCAUGUCCCGAUCCAGGCCAUCCCACCUCCUCCCCCUCCUCCUCCUCCUCCUCCUCCUCCUCCUCACGUGGUUCCGGUCCCAGUUCAUCCGCAUCAUCACUUGCCGGUCCAUUACCAUCAUCACCACCAGUAUCAUUACUCUGGAUUUGGAGACCAGGAAGUGGCCGUGCAGCAGAAACAGAAGCAUCAGCAUCAUCAGCAGCAGCAGUUGGGCGAGCAAGGUCAGGCGGAUCGUGUUUCCUCCUCCUCCAAGACUCACAGGCUUUCCGAUGAAGCUACCUCCAAGAUUUUGAAUCAGGUGGAGUAUUAUUUCAGCGAUUUAAACUUGGCUACUACUGAUCAUCUUAUGAGGUUCAUAAACAAAGAUCCUGAAGGAUAUGUGCCAAUCUCUGUUGUUGCAUCUUUCAAGAAGAUUAAGGCCCUCAUAAAUGGUAAUUCUCAGCUUGCAACUGUAUUGCGCAACUCUUCAAAGCUGGUAGUUCAUGAAGAUGGAAAGAAAGUUAGACGUCUGCAUCCCCUCACUCAGUUAGAUAUGGAAGAAUUGCAAUCUCGCAUAGUUGUCGCUGAAAAUUUGCCUGAGGAUCAUUGCCACCAAAACCUCAUGAAGGUUUUCUCCGCUGCUGGGAGUGUGAAGACAAUCCGGACCUGCCAGCCACAAGGCUCCAAUAGUGGUGCUUCCUCGGCAUCCCGAUCUGCAAAAGCAGAUGGCAUGCUUUUCAGUAACAAGUUACAUGCAUUUGUGGAAUAUGAAUCCCCUGAGAUAGCGGAGAAUGCUGUUGCAGAGCUUAAUGAUGAGGCAAACUGGAGGAGUGGCCUUAGAGUCCGUUUAAUGCUUGGGCGAGCGUCAAAACCUGCCCAAGUGCGUGGGAAAAAGGGGCUGGAUGGGGAAGUGCAGUUAGAGGAAGAAGAUGCUUCUACCCCUGAACAACAGGCAAAUGAGAAACAAUCAGUAGAUUCUUCCCAACAGUCUGAUAUCCAUCCACAUGAACACGAAGAGAGAACAAACUCAUUGAAAUAUGGAGAGGAGCAUGGCAAUGACAAGGAGGUUGGGCAGAGAAAAGGGCGUAAUAAAGGCCGUGGCAAGGGGCGUGGGCGAGGUCAAUACCAUCAUAAUAAUAAUCGUGGAAAUCAUGCGGGGCAUCCUCCUAACAGUUCAGUUGGGAGUAUGGAGCAUGCAGGUGUAACGAAGAAGCCUCCUGGGCCGCGUAUGCCAGACGGCACAAGGGGAUUUGCAAUGGGUCGGGGGAAGCCAGUUACUGUUAAUAUCGCCUAAGGAUUAAGGACUGGGGGAACUUGUAAGAGUUUUUUCUUUGGUAUCUCUGUGGCUGAAAAGAACAUGUUGUGGGGUGGGAAGGGAAACUAUGCCUCUUAUGGUGUGGGUGGUGUUUGAUGGCAAAGGUUUUUAUAAGGGCUGUCAAUCCAUAUUGUACCGAGUUAAGGGUAAUUAGGGAACCUUUCAUUAUAUGUCGAUAACAUUUUCCGUUUGUGUUCGUGUCCUGGGUUAAAGUUGAGGGAGGACGAGGAUUCGGUUACAAGUUACAAAUAUGAUUGCGUCGCGUAUUAUAUUUUGGUGUUUUAAAAGAAAACCCUCUUUUCUUUUGGGUAAAUAUCAAAUGAUAUUCUUUUUCACUUGUAA